AUGGAGUCGACCUCUGACGCAUUCAACCUUAUCGAUGCCAGUAUCUCAGAUAUCCAGCAUGCUCUGGGCGCAGGGUGGGUCACAAGCGUUGAUCUGGUAGCUCGAUAUCUUCGGCGUAUAAGCGUAUAUGAUGCAGCUGGCCUUAAGUUGAGCGCCAUUCCCAUUCUAAACCCCUCAGUUUUAGAUGAAGCUACAGCUUCUGAUGCCCGGCGAGCUGCUGGUUUGCCGGUACGGCCUCUCGAAGGCAUCCCUUAUCUUGUCAAGGACAAUAUCAAAGUGAAGGGUAUGACAGUCGCCAGCGGUUCUCCCGCAUUCGAGAGUCUUGUCGCUACUGAAGAUGCUGCGUGCGUUCAGCUUCUACGGGAAUCUGGUGCUGUCCUCCUAGGAAGGACUAACAUGCCAGCAAUGGCAUAUGGGGGCAUGCAGCGGGGCUCGUACGGCCGUGCUGAGAGUCCAUAUAACCCAGAGUACUUGACCGCGGCGUAUGCAUCAGGGUCCUCAAACGGAUCUGCCACAGCUACAACGGCAAAUUUCUGUGCAUUCAGCCUAGGCACCGAGACUGUGUCCUCCGGCAGAUCCCCCGCUUCCAAUAAUGCCAUCAUCGCUUAUACACCGUCAAGGGGCCUAUUGCCUCUCCGUGGGGUGUGGCCUCUGUAUCCGACAUGCGACGUUUUAGUGCCCCAUACCCGCACCAUGUCUGACCUUUUCAAAGUCCUGGAUGUCCUUGCUGUUGUUGACAAGACACCCACAGGAGACUUUUGGAAUGAGCAGCGGAUUGUCCCUUUACCAUCGGUUGAUAUCAUCCGGCCACGCUUCUUCUGUGAGCUACAAGACGGGUCAGCCCUUCGUGGUAAACGGAUCGGUGUGCCUUCAAUGUACAUCGGCGGUGAAAACCCUCUUGCAGAUAAGAUAAACACAAGGCCGUCCGUACUCAGGCUUUGGGAAAGAACGAGAAGUGCCUUGGAGUCCUGCGGUGCCACAGUUGUGGAGGUUGACUUCCCAAUGGUAACCACAUAUGAAGCUAGAGCAAGCCUGGGAGAACUCUGGAGCGUCAAAGACCUUCCAGAGGGUUGGCACUCAGUGGAGAGAUGCCAACUUGUGGCUCACUCCUGGGACGACUUUCUAGCUACAAAUGGCCAACCUGGACUUGAAUCACUUGCCUGUGUAGACCCCGAGACAAUCUUCCCUCUCGCACCCGGUUCACUGCGUGGAGCCCCCGAUGCCGCAAACCAGCUCAGAUGGCACGAGAUGGUUAAAUAUCCAAAGAACAAGCCCAAUUCGAUCUUCGAAAUCUCAGGCUUAGAACAGGCUAUCAAGGCAUUGGAAAACGCUCGGAAGGAGACCUUUGAGCAAUGGAUGGAUGAUCAUGGUCUGGAUGCCGUAGUGUUCCCAGCUAAUGGCGAUGUUGGCCUCGCAAACGCAGACGUGGACCCGGAAGCUUCCCUAUACGCUUGGAAAAAUGGCGUCAAGUAUUCCAACGGGAACCGGGUAAUCCGUCAUCUUGGCAUUCCUACUGUGUCUGUCCCGAUGGGUUUGAUGAAGGAUACAAAAAUGCCAAUCAAUUUGACGUUCGCAGGAAAAGCAUACGAUGAUGCCAAGCUUCUGCGUUAUGCGUACGCAUUUGAAGAAUCCACACACUAUCGUCAAAUGCCGCCUCUUGUACCUGGUCUGGACUCUGACGUGGUUCGAACGACUGAACAUCAGCUUUCUUCCCCAGUCCAGGGCCACAAAGAACUUUCUCAGAUCACUAUCACAGAUCAGUUCAAAAGCACCAAAUAUUCAACGGUGUAUCUGGAGAUUAAAGGAAGCUUACAUCUGGGCCAUGGCGUAAAAUUGAAGCGGCUGGUGUGCUACGUCAACGGGGAUCCAUUUGAUCCUCAAGUUGAUGAAAAGGGAUGGAGUUUGACCGCCAAGUAUCCCGUCUCAGCUCGUGACGGCACGUGGUCUCGAUGGACAAGCCCUGCCUUGACUCAGACUAUUGUUAUUGCUGUGGCUCAUACUAGCAUGGGUCCAACAGCUGGUAAACUACUGUUGCUAUAG